UUUCUGAUAAGGAAAUGCCAAUUUUUCCAUAUAAAAACCCCGAAAAAUCAUCAUUUUCCACUAAAAAAUGCUCCAAAAAUUCGGUAAAAACCAGCUCGCCGAGCACACAAUGUCCCACCUGAAAACCUGGAAAAUUCUAGUUAAAAGCUUGCAUUUACCUGCUGAAAAUUCUGAAAAUUUGAAUUUUCCUGACCAAGAUUUUGAUAUUUUCCUGCCAUAUUCAUUGAAUAAGAAGCGACGUUGGGAGAUGGAUUUUAUGGCGGAAAUUCAAAAAAUUCAGUCAACUUCUUCAGAAAAUUUAACGGUCCUAUUUUUGGAACGGACAUGUACUGGGCCUUAUCAGUAUUUACGCUACCUAGAAACCACCCUCCUUGGACAAUUCAGAAUCCGUGCUGUGCAUUCAAUUUCUGAGGAUCAUUUUUAUAGAAAAACGGAGAUCAAUUCGAUUUUCGGGCAAGAUUUUCAGAAUUUCUCAGAGAAAAUGCAAGAAAUCUCUGAAAAUCUUGAAAAUUCUGGAAUUGUGGCCUACAAUUUCAUUGAGCCACCGGAAAAUUUUAUGAAAAUUUUUGCGAAAAAGUGCAUCAGCAAGAAGAAUAUGGAUUCACCCUACACAUCCGGAUGGAUUCGAAAACGGCGCCAAAAAGAGAUCAGAAAAUAUUUGAAAUUUUAUGAAGUUAUCGAUUUUUUGGAUGAAAAUUUCGAGGAGUUCGGACACGAAUUUUCAGAAAAUAAUGAAUUGUUCGCUGAAACUCCACGUCAAAAAUGGUACAAAUUGGAGGAUCAUCUUGUAGAAAAUCGGGUUAAAAAUCGAGCAUAAUUAAUUUAUUCUGAAAAUAAAAUAAUUUUAAAUUAA